AUGUCAUCAAGUACUGCACCGAGUAGUCCAACAAGCCCAAUGAUACACAACAGUAUUCCAGAAGGAUUAAGCAACUAUAUCAAGAGGGAGAGGCUCGAGGCUAGGCUUCGAAGCAUCCUUGGUCGUGAGGUGGCAGUUCGGAUCAUUAUUCGGACUUGGAAUGUAGGACCUCGACUUCUCUCGAAAGGACCUUGA